AUGUCUACAUUACUCAGCUCUGUUCCCUCUUCAGACAAGGGUAACGGGAGCAGUCCCUCCCGCCCACAGUCGUCUGCUACCUCCAUCGGACCGGAUGGUAGUCAGACUCUAGGCCCCUCUACCGAUCCCACUGUCAUUACUGGGCUGGCGUUUCGCUUUCCGGGCGCCAAAAGCCUGCCUCAGCUAUGGGAUAACGUCGUUACUCGCAAGGAUCUACAGCAGAAGAUUCCAAAGGACCGGUUCAAUGUUGAUGCCUUUUACCAUCCACUGGGCACAAAUAAGGGAACGACAAACGCUCGAUAUGGGUACUUUCUAGAUGAGCCUUUGUCUCAAUUUGACAAUGAGUUCUUUCACAUUUCCAAGCAGGAGGCCGAAUCAAUGGACCCUCAGCAGCGGUUACUUCUUGAAGUAGUGUACGAGGCACUGGAAGAUGCUGGAAUUCCCCUCGAAUCCAUUAAGGGUUCUCGUACUUCAGUGUACGUGGGAUCCUUUACGAAUGACUACAACUCCAUGACGACCAAGGACCUUGUGACAUAUCCCAAGUAUACUGUUACAGGUACUGGAAAUGCCGUCCUUUCUAAUCGGAUCUCCUACUUUUACGAUCUUCACGGCCCAAGUAUGACAAUAGAUACUGCCUGCUCAUCGUCUCUUGUCUGCUUUCAUCUCGGAAACCGGUCUGUCGCCGAAGGAGAAUCUGAUAUCGCCAUCGUUGCCGGCUCUGCAUUACACUUUGAUCCCAACAUUUACAUCACCAUGACUGAUUUCGGAAUGCUUUCUACUGACGGCCGAUGCCGCACAUUCGAUAAGAAUGGAUCUGGUUACGUCCGUGGCGAAGGAGUCUGUGCACUUGUGCUGAAACGCCAAAGCAGCGCAGAAGCCGCCGGCGACCCUAUCAAGGCCAUUGUCCGAGGGACUGGCUCGAAUCACGACGGUUCCAAAGCUGGGCUCACACUUCCAAAUGGGGCAGCCCAGGCCAGGCUCAUACGUCAGAUAUACAAAGAUUCUCAUCUUGAACUAUCUGAUACUGACUACGUCGAAGCUCAUGGGACAGGCACAAAAGCUGGUGAUCCUAUUGAAGCUAAUGCGAUUGGAUCCGUGUUUGCUUCCACCAGAGAUACGCCUUUAUACGUCGGCUCCAUUAAAUCGAACUUGGGUCACUUGGAGGGAGCUUCUGGACUUGCAGGUGUCGUCAAAGCUGUGAUGUCAGUGUCCGCAGGAAAGAUUCUGCCCAAUAUGCAUUUCGAGACACCCAACCCCGAUAUCGACUUCAAACUGUUGAAAAUCAAAGUUCCAACUGAGGUCACGGACUGGCCGCAUGACAAACCAAUAAGGCGAGCUUCUAUCAACUCCUUUGGCUACGGAGGCUCCAACUCACAUGCUAUCAUCGAAAACUACUCAUCAGAUCGGUCACUGGCCUCAAUACUGCCCACAUACGAUCCUGUUGGCCACCUAGAUGAAGACGCAAAAGUGCGUCCCUACCUUGUCCCUCUCUCUGCGCAUAAUAAACGCGCUGCCACGAGGAAUGUUGCACAAAUUCGGGAGUACCUCAGUGGCAAGUCUGAGGCUCCUAUCUCGGUUUCCGAUGUUGCAUUCAGCUACAGCUUCAGACGGUCCAGGCUCCAGUUGCGAUCGUUUGCCAUUGGGGCCAAUACGGAGGCGCUCAUUCAUGGCCUGGAUAACAUCACCACAUGGAACUCCCCGGUCAGCAAGUCGCCUCGGCUGGGAUUCAUUUUCACAGGACAAGGCGCCCAAUGGCAUGCCAUGGGCAGAGAGCUCUUGCAGAAACUGCCCCUGUUCCGCCAGACCGUUGAGCGCUGUGAUCAGAUCUUGUCUGAGCUGCCCGACCGCCCAGAUUGGACCUGUAUUUCCGAGCUGGCAAAGUCUAAAGAAGACACACGACUUGGCGAGAGUCUCAUCUCUCAACCACUUUGUGCUGCCCUCCAGCUAGGCAUCAUCAAGGUCCUUCGGGCGUGGGGUAUCAUACCACGUGCUGUCGUGGGACACUCAUCAGGCGAGAUCGUUGCGGCAUAUGCUGCAGGUGUUCUCUCCUUUCGAAGUACUAUAAUCUGUGCAUACUAUCGGGGCUUGUACAUGUCCUAUGGCACAUCCGAGCGAGGGGCAAUGCUCGCGGUGGGAAUGACCCAGCAGGAAGGGUUAACGGCUCUGCAGCCGUACAAGGGACGAGUUGCCCUUGCAGCUGUGAACAGCCCUACGAGCCUCACCCUCUCCGGGGAUGUAGACGCCGUAUUGGAGCUGAAGUCAGAACUAGACUCGCGCGGUGUGUUUAACCGCCGCCUGAGAGUUGAGCAGGCCUUUCAUUCGCAUCACAUGGCCCCCUUGGCCCCCGGAUUUGAGGCUGCACUUUCUAGGAUUCCGAACUUCAGUCCUUCGGAUGCAUCUCUCCGAAUGGUAUCAAGUGUCACAGCCCGCGACUCGUCAGCUCGCAAAAUGGAUGCAAGUUACUGGGCAGCAAACAUGACUGGAGUUGUACGCUUUGCUGAUGCUCUCACCGGCAUGCUAAUUGACGAGAACGAGGAGCAAGAUGUCGAUAUCUUGGUCGAAAUCGGAGCGCACCCCGCUCUCAAAGGACCUUCAAGAGAUGUUGCAAAGGCUCUUGGAUUUUCACUUCCUUAUAUCGCAUCGCUGACACGAGAUGCCCCAGCCUUUGAAAGCUUGAUUGCUUGUGCUGGCGAAUUGUACAGCUAUGGGUACAAUGUGGACUUGGAGGCAGUGAAUAGCAACUUCUGGCUUGAUUCAAUUACAGGAGACGUUGCCAAGCAUACUCCAGGCACAUUGUUACGCGACCUUCCGAAAUACGGAUGGGAUCAUGGGUCUCACUGGGCAGACACACGGCCCAUUCGCCAACACCGGCUUCGAAGCUCGCGUCACACACUUCUCGGGGCUGUAGUACCAGGGAGCCAGAACCAAAGACCGAUAUGGAGGAACUAUCUGCGUCUAUCCGAGAUCCCUUGGCUAAAUGGCCACUGCAUACAGGGAAAGGUCAUCUUCCCUGCUGCUGGUUACAUCUCCAUGGCGCUUGAGGCCAUCUCUACCAUCACAGAUUCAACCAAGGGCUUUCAAGUACGGGACGUGGUGUUUAAGAAUGCACUUGUUCUUACAUCCAACGACGCCGGCACCGAGGUUCUGCUGGAGAUCCAACCUUUGACAGUAUCAGCUAAAAGAACCUCUAGUACGUGGUAUUUGUUUUGCGUAUCCUCGUAUGGUGAUGGAGAUCGUCUUGUUGAGCAUUGCCGGGGCCAGAUCCGAGCGGGUUUGGGGUCUGAAAGCCGCCCCAGGGUCCUUUCCAGGGGCGAAAGAGCCAAGAUCAACAAUGCGACUGAUCGGCGUAAGCCUGCUUCGCUCUAUUAUAAGCAACUGCAAUCCAUUGGCCUUCAGUAUGGAGAUGACUUCCGGUUGCUUAAAGGAGAUAUCGACAGCGGCCCGGGAGUUUCGGUCGGCACAUUGGAGUUCGAUCCCUCUCCUUUAAUCGCUUCAGCUGCAGAUCGCUGUUUAGUUCAUCCCGCCUUCUUGGAUUCAGCUUUCCAUGUCAUUUUUGCUUCCAUUGAGUCUUGCUUAGGGCAACCUCUCAAUGAAAGUUUCGUGCCCACGUUUAUUCGGAACGCUGUGUUUUCCGGUGACCUUCUUGAGAUCAAGGAAUCCGAUCAUGAGCAGACUUUCCUUGUUGACUGCACAACAGACAUGCCAGGUACAAGAGUCGCUCAUAGCAACCUCCGUGUUGUGUCAAAUGAUGUCGCCUCUGAAGCUUACAACGUCCUGGUCUCCAUCGAUGGGCUCGAAGUGACGGCUUUAGGAGGCGAUUCUGCAGAUGCCGACCAAAAGAGGGAACUGUUCUUCAAUAUAUCUUGGAAGCCGCUAUUUUCACAGUUCGGAACCAACCAGCAUCUUAUUCAAGAACAUGAUCUAGCCCAGAUCGUUGAACUGUUUGUCCACGAAACCCCGGAUGCAAGCAUUCUAUAUUUGGGUUCCAACAAAGAUCAUGUAGAAAGAAUCUUAGACCUCAUUGGGGGGUCAGCUUCAGAGAAAAGAAAGUUCAAUAAUCUUAACAUUUGGUGCGAAAGUCAAACAUCAGAUUCAGCUUAUGUUGCAGAGAGUCUGGGCGCAGAACUUCACAGCCUCCUCAGACACGUUAAGCCAGAUACUGAAAGCUAUGACCUUAUUAUUGUCGAUGAACAAUCUUCUUUAAACCACGAGAAUUUCCUAAAGCUGAACGGAUAUCUCAUUUCCGACAAGUCUUUCUCAGCUCCGGGCAGCCUCACUGAAGCUUUCUCGAAUGACACCAUAACCGCGUGGCAAGCAUCCGACUUGGUUCAGGAAGUAGAGUCGCAGGUCCCUAUUUCUGUGCUUAUCUCUCCAGAAGCAUCUGAAUUGGCAAAGGGCGUUAUAUCCAACCUGAAGCAACUUCAUUCUGGAAAAUUCGAGAUAUUGACAUUCGGCAAAGAGCAGCCCACCAGCAACAAUGUCGUUUCGUUAGUCAAUCUGGAUGCUGAUGUUUUAUUCGAGCCCCAGCAAGAAGAGAGUCACCUUCAAUCGAUCAAAGCACUCGUCAAAGGGGUUGCUACCAACAUUGUUUGGGCCACUCAUGGUGCAACUAUCGAAUCAAGCAAGCCCGCGCAAGCAAUUACCACCGGAUUGUUUCGCAACAUUCGCAGUGAGCACGAUGAUAUUCGCAUUGCCACAGUUGACUUUGAAGACCCGCAAUAUGGUGCUGAGGCCAAUAUCGCUCACAAGAUUUUGCAGACUCUUUUCAAGUUCAAGAAUGAGGAUGAGUUGGCUGAGCGGGGUGGACAACUUUACAUACCUCGCGUUCAGUCGGAUGAGGCAAAGGAUUCCAAGUUACUGUUUGGUGGGAACAGGAAAGUAAAGCUUGCGAAUUUCAACCAGGAAGAUCGAAAUCUGUCGUUGAAGAUUGGCAAGACGGGUCUUCUGGACACUCUCGCAUUUGACGAUGACGAAGACGCGGCAGACUUGUCUCUCCCAGAUGAUCAUAUCGAGGUCAAGGUAGAGGCAUCUGCCCUCAACUUCCGAGAUGUGGCUGCUUCUAUCGGGAUUAUUGACGAUAACCGCCUUGGUGACGAAGCUGCUGGCGUGGUUGUGCGUACAGGCGCAGCCGUGUCGGAAAAUGACUUCAAGCCUGGAGAUAGGGUCAUUGCAUUCCGUCCCGGUCAAGGAGCCCAUAGAACUCUGGUGCGCAACCCUGCCAUCCUCUGCCAGAAGAUCGGCGAAAUGGACUUCACAACAGCUGCAGCUUUCCCUCUGGUCCUAGUCACAGCGUACUACUCUUUGCAUACCGUCGGCCGUCUUCAAGCAGGCGAGUACUGCUUGGUCCAUGCAGCUGCGGGAGGAGUCGGUCAAAUGGCUGUGCAACUAGCAUUGAGAGUCGGUGCAAAGGUUAUUGCCACUGUGGGUUCUCCUGAAAAGAGACAGUUCCUCAAGGAUAGAUUUGGCCUAUCUGACGAUGUCAUAUUCUCCUCUCGAGACGACUCCUUCGUGGAGGGAGUCAUGGCCGUUACAAAUGGUCGCGGAUGUGACGUUGUUCUAAACAGUCUUGCGGGAGAACUGCUUCAAGCCACCUGGAAGUCUCUCGCACCUCUAGGGCGCCUGAUAGAAAUUGGAAAGCGUGACAUUCAUGAAAACUCGAAACUAGAUAUGGAUCCAUUCCGCCGGAACAUUUCAUACGCCAGUGUCGACGCCGUCACCUUAUUCCAUGUGGCUCCACGACUGCUUAGCCAGCAACUGCGGACAGCAUUCACUCUUAUUGAGCAAGGCGAAAUUCAACCCCCUGGGCCUAUCCAGGUAUUAACAUAUGGCCAAGCCCAGAAAGCGUUCCGUACUCUUCAAAUGGGAAAGUUCUUUGGGAAGAUCAUUCUUAAACCAGAUGAGAAGGAGCUUGUUCCUUUAGUGCCCAUGUCCUUUAACAAUAAGCCAUUGUUCAAGCCAGGUAAAACCUACUUAUUGGUAGGCGGCCUGGGCGGAAUUGGAAGGUCUCUUUCAGAAUGGAUGUUCCGCCGUGGGGCUCGCAAGUUGGCCUUCUUGUCUCGCUCUGGGGACAAGAGCAACGAAGCAAAAGCGACGAUCGCGUGGCUUCAUGACCGAGGCGUCGAAACUUCCGUUUUCAAAGUCGACGCUACUCGCCAGGAGGAUGUAGUGGCCUGUGUUAGUUCAUUGAAACAUACUUUGGGGGGUGUCUUCCAAGCAGCCAUGGUCCUCCGAGAUGGGCCGUUCGACCAGAUGAGUGCCGCUAUGUGGCGAGAGUGUGUUCACACUAAAACACGAGGAACUCAAAACCUCCAUUUAGCAACGCAAAAUCUUGAUCUGGACUUCUUCGUAUGCUUUUCUUCGAUAUCCUCGGUUAUUGGGUCCGUGGGUCAGGCCAAUUACGCGGCCGCCAACUCCUACCUUGACGCGCUGAUGGCCCAUCGAAGAGCUCAGGGCCUUGCUGGAACCACAAUGAACGUUGGUGUGGUGGGAGAUGUAGGCGCCGUCGCAGAAGAUGACUCCUUAGCCGUUGUUCUUGAGAGACUCGGUUAUGGAUCUAUUUCACAAAACGAGCUUUUCUACCAAAUCGAGGAGGCAAUUCUUACAUCAAAGCAACCGGCAGAUAGCAAACCUGGUGUUGGCGCCCACCAGAUUAUUUCCGGAAUCAACACGAAACGCAAGGACGUCUACUGGGCCACCAAGUCUCUGUUCCGAAACCUCUAUGCCAACCUCGAUCUUUCCUCAGCCGGGGAUGGCCAAGCAUCCAAGACAUUGUUGGCUACAUUGAAGUCGACAUCCUCAUUGGACGAGCGGAUAGAACUUCUUACAGCUGCAUUCAUUAACAAGGUCGCGGCCGUCAUGGGCACACCAGCAGAAUCAAUCCAGCAAGCUCAACCGCUCACUGCUUAUGGCCUGGAUUCUAUUGUGGCGAUCGAGUUCCGCAAGUGGUUCUCGACGGAGGCAUCUCUAGACGUGCCUCUAUUUGACAUACUAGGUGCCAAGUCUAUCAAGUCUCUAACCUCAAAGGCUGCAGAGUCUCUCCGAGUUGAGAAAGAAGCCAAGGGUCAAAUUGGAGAGUCUGGCCAACGAAAUGACUCUCAAGAACUAUCCAAAACUAAGAAGUCAAAAACGCCACAAUUUGAGAUCAAGCCGAAUGACUCUCAAGAGCAUAUUCCUCUCUCGACUUACCAGAGCCGGCUUUGGUUCCUACAUAACAUUGCAAUCGAUCCUAGCACCCUAAACUUCACAGCUCGGUUCAUCAUUGAUGGGCACCCGCAACUUGCAGUACUCCAGAAUACAUUGGAGCAAAUGGCCAAGAUAAACGGCACGCUUCGGACAAUUUACUCCGAGGGUGAAGACUUCACGGAGCAAUCCCUCGCCAGCGGAUUCAAAUCUCAAAUUGAAUUCGAGGAUCUCUCCUCUGCUCGCAAUAUCGAUGCUGCUUUGUCAGAAGCUAGCCACUCUCUGCGUAGUCGGCCAAUUGACAUCGAAGUAGGAGAAUCAAUGAAAGUCCGCUUGUUCAAACUUUCCGAGACAAGACAUGCUCUCGUGUUCUCCAUCCACCACAUCAACCUUGACAACGGGAGUACUAAGACGUUUUUGGAUCACUUCGCUACACUCUAUGAUUCCCUUGCAAGAAAAGAAGAAGUCUCGAAGGUUCCUAUCCAACGUAUCUCAUACUCUGAUUUCGCAGUCUGGCAUAAUAAAUUCUUAGCUUCGGAAAAGGUUCAAGAUGAUCUUCUAUGGUGGCAGAAAUCACUUUCCGGACUGCCCGAGGCUACUGCCUUGCUCCCCUUUGCUUCCAGAGCAAGACCCGCGGUCAGAACCUCGAACAGAUCCACGAUAACAGCAACCGUUUCAACUACUAUUCUGAAGAGAAUAAAACGAAUCGCUGCCUCUUCUGCGGCUACUCCGUUCCAUUUCCUAAUUGCUGCAUUCCGUGCGUUCAUUUUCCGGUACACCGAGGAGGAAGAUCUGACGUUUCUCAUGGUUGAUGGAACUCGACCUCAUGCCGAAAUCAGUGAUAUGAUGGGCUUUUUUGUCAACCUGAUCCCUCUUCGCCUCCAGAUUGAAGCCGACAGUGCAUUGGACUCGGUGAUAAGCCAUGUUUCCGAGGCAUCAAAUGGGAGCUUGGCGCACAACUCAUCACCAUUUGAAACGAUCUUAGAUUCUCUAAAAAUUAACCGAAGUGCGUCGUACUUCCCCAUCAGCCAAAUCAUCGUCAACUAUCAAGUAUAUGGCAAACCGCCCGUCGUUUCGACUUGCGACUUUGAUAUUACAGAUAUUAGUUUCGAAGAUAUCCCCACACCUGCCGACUUUGCUCUCGAGGCGACCGAAGAUCCUGCUCUUGGUCUUGAAUUAAAACUUCAGUACGAUCCCGAGCUAUACGAUGACAAUGAGAUGGAGAGAUUUCUACAAAAUUUCACUGUUUUCCUCUCAAGUUCGGCCAAAGACCACCGACAACCUAUUUCGGAGAUCUCCAUGUGUGGCAAGAAGGAGCUAGACCAUCUAAGGGAGAGUUGCUGGGGCAUGAAAGUCACUCCAAACCCCUGGGAAACCCGGUCUAUUGUGAGCAAAAUCCUCGAAGUUGCCUCCUUGUACCCCAAUGCGACGGCCAUUGAGACGUCAGACGGGGAGAUCAUAACGUAUCAUGAUGUUGUGGCUAAAGCGAAACGACUAGCCCUUGAACUUGAGGCAUCCGGUUGUUCUACUGGAACUACAAUCGGUGUGUUGUUCAAGCCGAGUAUCGACAUGGUUGUUGCUCUUGUCGGAGCUGCAUUUGCUGGAUGCGGGUACCUACCACUUGACCCAAACUUUGCUCCAGAUCGAUUAAGGCAUAUGAUCAGUGAUACAAACGUGUCUUCCGUCAUUUUAGAUCCCGAAUUCAGUCAUUUGGUUGAUGCUUUGGCGCCAGAUUUGAUCAAAAUCCAUCUCAGGGAUAGCAAGAAAAACCAGCCGGGAUACUGGCAACAGAAGGAAGCCUUCCCAAAUGACCCUUUUUACGUCAUUUAUACCUCAGGAAGCACCGGAAAACCAAAGGGUGUCGUGUUGACGCAGUCAAACGUACAGGCCAUGCUGAGUGGACAUAACGAGACACACCAAUUAGGACCAAGUGACAAACUGCUUUUCCUCACAUCCUAUACAUGGGAUGUCUCCGUGUCCCAAAUAUGGGGUUCGCUCACCUCUGGUGCAACCAUGCUCUUGGCAAAGGAGGAUCUUCGCCAGUAUCCGGAACGCCUGGUAAACUUUCUUGCAACAUCAGGUGUGACAAUCACAUACACAACUCCUACACAGUAUGCUGCCAUGCUUCUUCAUGGCAAGCAGUCUCUCAGCGGUUGUAAAAAUUAUCGAACCGCCAUAUUUGCGGGCGAGGCGCUCCCUGCCAGGCUGGUUCGAGAGGUUUAUGACUUGGGAUGCGAGGGUCUGAAGAUUUACAAUGAAUUCGGGCCAACAGAAGCUACAGUGCAGACUACCUUCUACCUAUGCCCAUAUCCGUCCACAGAUGAUGCCAUACCUAUCGGUUACGGUUUACCAAACUGUUCCCAUUAUGUUGUCGAUGCCAACCUGCGUCCGGUCCCAGCCACAGUCCUGGGUGAACUUUGCGAGGGUGGACCUCAGAUCAGCUCAGGAUACAUUAAUCGGCCCGACGCAACAUCCCAUGCUUUUGUCACAAACAACCUAGCUUCUGAUGAGUUUCUUCGACUCGGCUGGACGACGUUGUAUAGAACUGGUGACCGAGCAAGAUUUCUUCAGGAUGGACAAUUGGAAUACAGGGGCAGGAUUUCGGGCGAUCACCAGAUCAAGCUUCGAGGCUACAGAAUCGAGCUCGGUGAGAUUGAAAGCUCGAUAAUCGAAGCCCUUCAAGCCUCCAACCUCGAAGUUGUUGCCGAUGCUGCUGUUGUGCCCCGCAGGGUGGCAUUGCCUGCUGAGGACUCUGAGCUGGUUGAUGAUCGCCAGCUGAUAGCCUUCCUAGCAACUGCACGCUCUGUCUCUAACCGUGACGAGAUAGUGAACGCGAUUCACUCCUCUUUGGUGGCCAAACUCAAUUCUUACAUGCUUCCCAAUGGCUACCACGUUGCAGACGCGUUACCUACACUGCCCAGUGGGAAGAGAGACCGGCGAGCGCUGACGACAAUGGAUCUUGAUCUGGUUUUUCCUACGAGCAACUCAAAGGCUCAAUCGAAUUCAAUCGCAAUUGAUAAAGGUGGCAAACUUCUGGAAGAUGUCAUUGAUGUUUUCAGAAGGGUCCUGAAGCUGAAGGCCGAGCAGGUAGUCAAUGGUUCCUCUAGUUUCUUCGAGUUAGGUGGUCACAGUAUGCUGGUCUUGCGGCUUGUUUCUCAGCUCAAACGAGGUUUCAACAUAAGCCUUGAUGUCAGGGAAGUGUUCUCUGACUUGACGCCUUAUGCUAUCGCUCGGGUUGUCGCUGACAAGGCUGGGCUCCAAACGCCACCUGCCCCGGCCUUGACCGAAGCGUCGGGCAUUGAUUGGCAGAAAGAAGCAUUGCUCCCAGAUGAACCAGCGUACUAUCCUUCUCUAGGAGACAAAGUGGUAGCCCAGAGCGACAGGAUUCUUCUGACAGGUGCCGAGUCGGUGGUUGGCUGCCAUCUUCUCGUUCGCCUGCUAAACUACCACCCCAACGCACGCAUUACCAUCUUGGGAAUUGAGUCUCCGCUUACACUUCAGCUGAUUGAGCAAACAAUCCGAAAUGAUAAGCUGAGUCUUGUUGAUGCCAAAUCUCUACAUGAUCGAGUUGAUGUAUCGCCAGGCUGUCUAGCUGAGCCCAACCUCGGCCUAGGCGAGGACGAAUUCCGAACGCUCAGUCAGUCUACUGCCAAGAUAUAUCACUUUGGCUCCCAGAUAUCGCUCGUCAAGUCUUUCAACGACUUGAAGCAAGCCAACAUCCUAGCCACUCGAGACCUUAUUCGUUUGGCAGCGAUGAACCCAACUUGUUCAGUCCACUACCUGUCGUCAUGGAGUGUUGCUCAUCUCCAACGGUGGAAAACAACAAAAUACUCGGACUCAGGGUCAUCCGGCGAAUUUUUCAAAGAUGAGCGGGUUCCGGACCAUUUCUUCCCGACGGGUAGCGACUUUGCCUACUUUAAAACGCGCUGGGCUGCUGAGAUGCUGUUAAACCAAGCAUCAGAUAGGGGCAUCCCUACAAAUAUCUAUCGCACCUCCGGUCUUGACCAUGAGUCCACAAACAGCGAAGGAAACUUCUUCUUGAAGCUGGUACAAAGUAUGGUUGAUACCAGAGCCAUAGCAGACUUCGGUCAUGGCGAAGGCAUCUCUAUUGACUUUGUCACCCCUGACUACGUCGCGGCCAGUGUGUUGCAUUUGGCCCAGUUCGCGAAAACGGACAAGGGACCAAGUCAAGUUUUCCACAUUCGCAAUUCUUCCGCAGUAUCACUGCGCCAACUUCCUGAUGUGCUAAGACAAUACAACUCAAACAUCGGCGAGUUCAAAUUUGUGUCGAUAGAGAAGUGGCUGGAGCUAGCAUCCGAGAACGACGAAUUGAACAGCCGCGUGACACAGGCAUACCUUGAUCUUGGUCACGAGAUGUUCUCUUUAGAUGAUUCCAAGACAAGAAAGCUCCUAGAAACUUCAUCAGAGCUUCGCAGCAUCCAAGCCGCUCCUCUACCACGUAUGCUAGUGGAAUUAGUGACUUCCAUUCAGACAGGUAGACAAUAG